UCCAAGUGCGUGUCAACGUCAUCUACUUAGCCAAAUUCAAAUUUGGCCAGCCCUAUCGGAUGCACCAACUAAAAAAUCAGAGAAAAUAGCCCUCAUCAACCUCUGGAAGAAUCCUUGGGACUCAGCUUUCCCUUUCGCCACCUUCAUUCCCCACGACAAGAGUUCCUUGCUUGCAGUCCUUCCAUUCAAGGAAGUCCUGACUCCCCAAUCCCAUCUAAGCUUCCUCUUCCUUCCACCAUGGUCCAAAGAAAAGCACCUUACAGGCUUGGUUCUCAAACCAAAUCAAAGAAGGUGCCUGUUAAACAUGAGAGGAAUCCAUCUUGUUAUCAGCUGCAAGAUUCAAGAAACAAGGGAGGAGGUGAUACCAAGAAGAAGGUGAAAUCCACCAAGAUCUCAGACUUAGAAAGUGAGCAGGUCCAGUUCGACCAGCCUACCAUGCACAAGUGGUCAUCUGCCAUCAAGAUAUCAGAUCAGCUGCCAAAUUAUAUGAAGCCCACAAGCAGUUCAGAUGCAAGGAAGGAGCAAGUCAAGGUAACUAGCCAUUCCCCAGGCACCAGUGAUAGGAUUAGAAGCCCAAGAAAUUUGAGUAAUUUGAAUUACUCAAAGCUCUCCACUUCUUCUUCUUCUCCUGAUGGCUCUGGCCUUAAACAUGUGAAAGUAUUGAAAAGGAAACCUAGUGUGAGACAAGUAAGGCCUUGGAUGAAGAAGAGCCUAGGAAUUGCUCUUUGUCCCAAGCUAAACGCGAACAGGGCCACCUGCUCAUCAACUCUUAAGGAUUCGAAGUUUCCGAAGGCUUUGGACCUCAAUCCGGGAGGGACCGAAGCCGAAGGGACUUCGGUCAUGAAGGUUUGUCCUUACAAAUAUUGCUCUCUGAAUGGUCAUAGACAUGAGUCUCUGCCUCCUCUGAAAUGCUUCUUGUUAUCAAGGAGGAAGCUGAUCAAAACCCAAAAGAGUAUGAAGCUAAAAGGGGUGUCUCCAUUCAGAAAGAAAGAUCCAGGGAAGGAUGAAAAGGAGGCAGGCACAGGACAAGCAGUAAAUAGUAGGGCCCCAUCUGCUUUGGAGAUUCUUAUGGAAGAAGUAGCCAAUGAUUUCUUUGUGAAGAUCUAUGCCAAACCACAAAAACAGAUUUUAGAAUCAGUUAAUUGUAAUGAAACAUGCCUCCAAGUGAAGGAUGACACCGAAAAUCCAGAAGUUCUGGAUAACUUAGAACUCUCUAAAAAUGAUGGGGAGGGUGCCGAGAGCAAAGAGGACGAUGGACGGAAUGUUGCAGAUGAGAUCCAUGAAAAUAAUUCAGUUAUUUGCUUGGAAGAUGAUAUUGACCAGAAGACUGACCUUUCAAUUGAAGACAUGGAUGUCAUGACGAUUUUUCUUGAGUAUGUAAAUUGUGAUCAGCAAGAUGAAGAUGACGAAGGGAACUCCACUAGCUUGGUUCAAAAAGAUGAUGCAGAAUUGAGUUUAGAAUGCCAAGUUGCGGAUGGAUUGGUCGAAGACAGUGAAGAUCUUGCAGAUGGUGUAAUCAAGGUACCUGCUGAGGCCAGUGAAAUGGAUUUGGAAGAGGAUGCAGACCAAUUCCCUGACAAUAAGACCGAUUACUCUGAGUACACUGAUGGUCUAGGUCCACAAUUUGGACAUUUGUUCGAAGAUAAUGAUAUCGGUAAUGGGCUCUCUCUUGGUGCAGAGAUUACUUCAGUCGCAUGUGAAAUAGCUGAAGCUGAUGUAGGGUCACCUUGUGUAGCAUAUGAACAAUUUGCUGAGUGUGGUCAUACCACAGCUUCUGAAGGCAUUAGUUCUGACAGAGAUGAUGUCUACUCUGAUGAGGGAAAAGAAAGUUCUGCAAUUAAUUCUGCGAGCUGUGAUGACAAUAUUCAAGAUCAGAGUACUGGAUCUCUAAUUUCCAAACCAGUUGAAGCUAAAUUGUUGAAGGAAAAUGAUCUAGGUGACCCUCCUCAUAGCAAAGAGAACAACUCCAGCAUGAGCUUUCUGGGUUAUUUAGAGGACUCCAAGGGACCAGAAGAAGGCAGAGAAACGAAACCCAACUUUCCCGGACAGGAUGGUGAAGGUGAAGGAUCUGAACCAAUAAAUCUGGAAGCAAGAACUAUCUUAGACGAUGGAAGUGCAGAACAAACAAUGCUCAGUGAUGGCACUAAUGAAGAGGAAACCAUGAAUGGAGAAGUUGAAGAUGCCAGUUCCUUGUCCAAAGUCCACCUUUCUGAUUCUAAUGAUGGAUCCACUGGAAGGGAAAAUGAUGCUGCAGAGGUUGAUCACAACCAAGCAGAAAUCGAGACCAAAGUCUGCGAAUAUGAUGAUACAUCUGAAGAAACAAGCAUUCUUGUAAAAAUCCAUAUUUCUUUUAACGAUCUACCAGAUGAGGUUGACACAGGCAACAAGAGGGAGAAGUCAGAAAAAGAUCAUCAGGAGGAAGUCAAUGAAACAGAUGAUGUAGUGCAAAUUAAGGAUAAUUUGGAGAUUUGUUUAACAUCUAGCAAAGAAGGCCCAGAAGAAGAUAAGAUCAUCAAUACUGUAGCAGCAUUCUCCAGCCAAGAUCCUACUGAGGCUUGUGGUAGGCAAAAGCCAAAAAUAAGCAUAGUGAGAAAGAGAAGAACUGACGAAGAAGAACAAAUGAAAGAAUUUAACCCACGAGCGCCAAACUUCCUCCCAGUUGAACCUGAUCCAGAAGCAGAACAGGUUGAUCUCAGGCAUCAGGAGAUGGAUGAAAGAAAGAAUGCAGAGGAAUGGAUGAUAGACCAUGCACUCCAGCAGACAGUAACAAAAUUGUCUUCAGCUCGGAAGAGGAAAGUAGCACUACUUGUGGAAGCUUUCGAGACUGUAAUUCCAACGCCUAUGUGCGAACAAGCAGUGCAACAUGAUGGUCAAGGCUUCGAUCAUACGAGGCCUAUACAAGCAUGCAGUUAAUGACUUUAGAGGUACUGCCUGAAGCUGAACUGAAGUCUUAAAAUGUAACAAAGGGUCACUGCAAUCUUAGCCCAAGGGAACAGGUACAGUGACAGGGAGGGUUCUGUAGCAAUUAUAGUUUCCUGUCAUGCAGGUGUGAUGAAGAUAACAGAAGCACAUUAUGCCUGAGCAAAAGAAAUGUAAAUAUCCGUAACCUAAGCAAUGGGAUCCUAACUCAUUUGAACUUAAUUAUUAUGUUGUCUGAUAUUGUAAUCAAGUAGAAUAUUUCUUCAAGCAGAUUAUAUCCUCAGGUCUUGUAGAGACCACAAUUAACCACUAAAUGAAGAUAAUUAGAAUUAUAUGUA